AUGGAUGAUGACUACUUGAAGCUGUUCGUGGAGGAGACAUCGUUUUACAACCGGGUUGUGCUAGGGGCGUUCUUGCCGGAAAGUGUGUGGGGCGGCCUCCCUCACUUCCUGCAGGGCUGCCUCCGCUGUUACAUUGGCGGAACCCUACUCUAUUUGCUCUCCGGUUUUCUUUGGUGCUUCUACAUUUACUACUUGAAACGCCAUGUUUACUUCCCUAAACGCCAUCUUGGAUUAGCAUUCAACCCACUAGAUGGGAUACUGCAGGCAGUGCCGCAUGUAAUUGCUCUCUUCCUCGUACCCACGCACCUCAUGACACACAUAAUCCUGUUGUUCGUUGAAGGCGUGUGGACUGCAAACAUUCAUGACUGCAUCGAUGGCAAAGUGUGGCCGAUCAUGGGCGCUGCGUAUCACACCGUUCAUCACACCACGUAUCGCCAUAACUACGGGCACUACACGAUAUGGAUGGACUGGAUGCUUGGAACCCUUCACAAGCCCACUGAUGAUGAGGAGUUCAAGAUGAUGUGA